GCAAGCAUGUGCAAGCAUGUGCAGUGAAUGGCCUCCCUAAAAACUUAGUAUAAGGCUGCAUCAGAAGUUUGUACAAAUCAACUGAAGCAUGGAAGACGCCUUGCUGUAUUCUGCAUUAUCGGUUUUGUUUAUGCUUCUUGCUUUCAGGUUUUGGUUAGAAGCAAGAACACAGCAUAAAAAACUCCCACCAAGCCCUCCUAGUCUUCCAAUUUUAGGCAAUCUCCAUCUUCUCAAUCAACCCCUCCACCGAACCCUUCACAAUCUUUCACAAAGAUAUGGUCCAAUCAUCUCCCUUCGAUUUGGCUUUCGCCUCGUGAUCGUUGUGUCAUCUCCUUCAGCUGUUGAAGAAUGCUUCACCAAAAAUGAUAUUGUUUUCGCCAAUCGCCCUUUUUUAACCGUUGCAAAGUAUGUAGACUACAACCAUACUACCCUUGCAUCGGCCCCAUAUGGUGACCACUGGCGCAACCUUCGCCGGUUAAGCACUGUCGAAAUCUUAUCAUCCAAUCGCGUCAACAAAUUUUUAGGCAUUCGAAGGGAUGAAAUCAAGAAUCUUCUGAACAAACUCUAUCAAGUUUCUAGCAAAGAUUUUGGUAAGGUAGAGUUAAGGCCAAUGUUUUCAGAGCUAACUUUUAACACAAUCAUGCACAUGAUUACAGGGAAGCCGUAUUGUGAAACUAACGAGGCGAGGCAUUUCAGGGAGAUUAUAAGAGAGGUUUUCAAAUUUGCAGAGACUUCAUAUCCUGGAGAUUUCUUGCCUUUUUUACAGUGGAUUGAUUAUCAAGGUUCUUUGAAGAAAUUGAAGGUACUUAGUAAAAGAACUGAUGUGUUGUUGCAAGGUCUUAUUGAUGGGCAAAGAAAUGAUAAGGCUGGUAAUACAAUGAUCAGCCAUCUGCUUUCUUUGCAAGAAUCACAGCCAGAAUAUUAUACAGAUGAAAUUAUCAAGGGCCUUAUAAUGAACAUGAUAUUUGCUGGCACGGACACAACAGCAGUCACAUUAGAAUGGGCAAUGUCAAAUUUGCUCAAUCAUCCUCAAGUGCUAGAGAAGGCCAAAAGUGAGUUGGACUUUCAAAUUGGUCAAGAAACCCUGAUAGAUGAACCUGAUAUUUCCAAGUUACCCUUUCUUCAGAAUAUAAUAUUAGAGACUCUUCGGUUGUGCCCAGCAGCUCCAUUGCUUCUGCCACAUCUUUCAAACAAUGAGUGUAGCAUUGGAGGAUAUGUUGUGCCAAAAAAUACAAUGCUACUUGUCAAUGCAUGGGCUAUACACAGAGACCCUCAAAUGUGGGAUGAUGCUUUGAAAUUUAAGCCCGAGAGGUUUGAGAUUGGUCAAGCUGAGGGCUAUAGCUGCAAGUUCUUGCCCUUCGGACUUGGCAGGAGGGCCUGUCCAGGGAUGGGCCUUGCCAACAGGGUUUUAGGGUUUGCUUUGGGCUCUAUGAUUCAGUGUUUUGAGUGGAAGAAGGUGGGUGACAAGGAAAUUGACAUGACUGAAGGGACUGGACUCUCCAUGCCCAAGGCUGAGCCACUGGAGGCCAUGUGCAAAGCACGUGAUAUCAUCCACAAAAAACUCCCCCCUCUCCAUUAUAAUGCCGAAUAAGCUCUUAUGUACUCUUAACCUUGUGUGAUUAUACUCAAAUAUUGUCAUCACAAAUAAGAAGAAGCUUUAAAGAGUAAUGGAAAUAACAAUUUUUAUUUUGGUUUGAAA